GCGUUACUUAACAAAAAUCAAUGCAUCGUUUAACAAGCAACGCUUCAUUAACGCAAAAAAUAUAAAAACAAAAAACUAAUACGGAAUUAAUACUCGUAAAUGUUGUGAAUGAACUAAUGAAUAUAAGUGUAAAUCUCUAAAAGGUUUUAGUUGCUCUGCGUAUCCGAAACGAGGCUGCUUAAACUAAAUUGGAGGUCAGAUGCACUAUACAAUGUGCAGUUACACUACACUUUUAACUUCAGCAAACUCAUCGGCUGAACCUGACGUAAACGUCCCUCAUACAAAGCGGAUAUGUGCGUCACGUGACAAAUACUGGCUGAAAUGGGACACAGAUGAUAUUGUGAAUGCUCUCAUUGAAGAUGGGCUAGAAGUUGUGGUCGACAAGUUUAAAAAGGAGCUUAUCGUAGGAGCGACAUUGGCGAAAUAUCAAGAUAAAGUUUUAUUGGAGAAUAUGGGCAUAAAGUCAGUGAAACUUGUGAAACUAGUGCAGAGGUUUAUCGAAAACGUAACUAAAGACACAUCACAGCACAAGGUUGUCAACGACCCAAUUCACGGGCAUAUAAAACUUCAUCCACUGUGUGUUGCAAUCAUCGACACCCCGGAAUUCCAGCGUCUUCGUUCCAUAAAGCAACUCGGCAACGGCUAUUUCGUGUAUCCAGGAGCAUCCCACAACAGAUUUGAACAUAGUUUGGGGGUAUGUCAUUUAGCGGGAAAAUUGGUGCGUGCGUUUCAAGAUCGGCAGCCAGAACUGGGAAUCAGGAACACUGACAUUCUCUGUGUGGAAAUAGCGGGACUUUGUCAUGACCUUGGCCACGGACCAUUUUCACAUCUCUUUGAUGGAAUUUUCAUUCCCAUGGUCGUACCGGGAUCAACAUGGAAGCACGAACAGGCAUCUAUCGAAAUGUUUGAUUAUCUGGUGGCUGAAAAUAACCUGAAACCGGAAUUCGAAAAAUACGGACUGACAGAGCUAGACCGGGAGUUUAUCAAGGAACAGAUUGAAAGAUCCAGUAAACCAGACCAGAAGAACUGGACACUGAAUGGAAGACCAAAGGAAAAGAGUUUUUUAUACGAGGUGGUUUCCAACAAGCGGAAUGGCAUUGACGUUGACAAAUGGGAUUAUUUCGCGCGGGAUUGCCACAUGCUGGGAAUUCGGAACAACUUUGACCAUAAUCGAUGCAUCGAGUUUUCCCGCGUGAUUUCAGUAAGAAAAGAAGUGAUUCCAGUAAAUAAAGAAGCUAAAGAAGAGGUGAAUUCAGAAGCUGAAGAAGAGUUCCAGAUUUGUUACCGGGAUAAGGAAGUGGGAAACUUGUAUGACAUGUUUCACACUCGCCGUACGCUACAUAGUAGAGCCUACCAACACAAAACCACCAAGAUUAUCGAACACAUGGUUACUGAAGCUCUAGUCAAAGCCGACAAAGAUUUUAGAUUUGAUGGGAAUUCGUUGAAAAUGUCUGAGUCCAUAGAUGAUAUGAAAACCUUCAGUCAGAUGACGGACGAUGUGUUCAACCUCAUUCUAAAUUCAACAAAUGAAAACCUGAAAAAGUCACAAAAAAUUCUUAAAAAAGUGUUAAAACGCGAGCUUUACAAGUUGGUUGGACAAAACAAGUCUAAAACAAAAAUGUUGCAGGAAAAGGACAAACAAGAGGAGAAGAUAAAGAUAAUCGAGAAAAUAGACAAAGAGAAGCUAAAAGAUUUCCCCAAAGCAGAAAAGCACAUCAUCAUCCAGCUUGUGACCCUGGACUACGGAAAAAAGGAUAAGAAUCCUAUCGACAGUGUGAUGUUCUACAGCAAAAAUGAGCCGAAUAAAGCCGGCCCCAUUAGACAAGAUCAGGAGUCAAGUUUCAUCCCUGAUCAUUUCACGGAACAACUGAUACGAAUCUACUCAAAGAAUAAGGAUUCAGAAUUCAUUGAGAUGGUCCGAGAGGCGUUCAAUAGCUGGUUUGAAGAAUUCUUGGUGAGGGUUGAUAAGAAAUCUCCAGAUGAAAAGGAACAGUCCAGUAAUAGCAGCAAUGAAACCGAGGGUAAGACGGUCACCCAAACUGGACGUUGACACCUAGCAAAAAAUGUACAAAUAUUUCACAGAGAGACAGAUACAGAAAGAUAAGGGACAGCAGUUUUAGAUAAAAUUCUUGCUUUGCAACAUAAUUCUCCUUAUUCUGCUUCAUAGUUUUUUUCACAGAAAAUCAACCAGAUAAAUAUUUGGUUUGCAUAAACACAAAUGAAGUGCAGGGUUUUGCAUCCAUACUUGUUCUUUAGGUAGUACUGCCAUUUUUUACUAUUGUUAAUGUUUCAAUUACACCUUAUACUAUAUGGAUACAUAGACAAUCCAAAUUUAAAAGUAACUAUUAAACUAUAAAAGCCCUAUUGACGUUAUCAUUGUUUCAUUCUAGAUUUGUAUUUUUCAUGUGAAUAUAUCCGUUUAUGGAAUUGCAAAGCAAUGUUUUUUAUUCAAUUUUGCUAUAUUAAUACAACAGUUUUACCAUUUUUGAACGGUUCAUGCUCUUCAAUAAAGCACGACAUUUUUGUGUUUUGAUAAAAACACACUUUAAAAAUAGGGUCUCGCUAAGUUUAAAUUCAAAUUGUCAUGUUCUGGUAAUGCAAUAGUUGAACUCAUCUAUUCAUGAAUUCAUCUAUAGGUUAUUUUAAACUGAAAAAAAGAAAACAGAUGCAUGUUAGAAAACUUGUAAUGAUUAAACAAGCUGUCAGAUUCACAUGCUUGUUAGAGGUAGUUGUUUUUAUUUAUUAUUGUGUGUUGGUGUAUGUUGUUUUUUUUCUUUGGGAAGGAAUAAAUCUUUUGUUUAGUGCUUUAAUACAAUGACACCAAAAUAUUUUCUUGUUUUUGCUUUUCUUGUUCUUGUUUAGCUUUUGUUUUUCUAUCCUAAAUGUUGUCUUGUAUGGCUUAAAUUCUGAGUGAUUUUUGUUGUGUGAAUAUCAAUUUUAAUGAUAGUUUUGCUGAUUUAUAUUUUAAUUAUGUCUGUCAUGAAUGCACACUGGAGAUCCACUAUGUUUAGUCUUCACAAUUAAAUUUUAAAUUUUGAGCUUGUGCUGUACAAAUUUACCUUUGAUUUUAUCAGUUUUAAUACAAUAGUGGGAAUAAUAGUAAAAUAAUUUGUUAUACUUUGUUUACCAUCCCAUUGUAUUGUAUUGUUCCUGCAAACAUCCGGACCAGGGGAGUGGAGGUCAUAUCCCCUGAAAUAAACUAAUAGAAUAUCAUUCUUUUUUCUUGUGUCAAGAAAUAUUGAUAUUGUCUACUUACAUAUUUAUGAUUAUUAGUUUCUUUUCAAUGGUAAGGUCGGGCUUUAAAGUAAGGGGGAUGCAUUAAAUGUUGAUUAGAUCUAGAACACUUUUAAACACUAACCACUUAACUUCUGUAAUAAAAUAUCAACGUUUAGUGAAAACUUAUGUCUAGUUUUCUGUGACAGAUUAGUGAUACAUAAAAAUCUUGGUUUUGCAUAUGUAAGAAUUUGCAGAGUAGGACGUACAUAUAAGUAUGAACCUUACAGAUUCAAUCUCUGAAUUUGUAUCAUAACUUUUAAAAACCAUUAAUAGCAAAUUAAUUGGUGUUUAUUACUUUGUUCCGAUUGUCUUCUAACCUUCUGACCCCAAUAUGAAGAAAGAAAAUACUUGAGUUGUAUCUGUUCUGAUUACAAUUUUAAAUUGUGUAUAUUUUGUAUAUCAUUUAAAGAAAUUUAAUAAAUUUUGGGUCUUUUAACUUCUUAAUUCAAUUUGUAAUUAUAGCCUUUUUGCGAAAAAUUAUUGUAUAACAUAUAAGACUAUUGACUAACCAUCAAACACGUUGAGUACAAUUUAUUUUUGACUUUGUGCCUAAGAUUAUUUGUUUUUAUCUAGAACGACUUUUCUUCAGAAAUUUGAGGGACGUUGGGUUUUAAUAUAAAACAUAGGUGAUUGUGCGUAUUUUUAAUUUUAAAGUGGUUUUUUUUGUGAUUUUAGGGUCUGGUGGUUUUUAUAAAUGUAUAGCGUUUCUUAUUUAUCUUACACGGUUUUAUGCCAUAUUCUCACUUUGUGAUUUUAUCCUCACUACAUAAAGUGCUGUUUUGAUUGAAUAAAUAUAACCAAGA